CAAACGAACGGUUCGUUCACUUCAGUCAGUCCCCGCUGCCUGUGCAGACGAUGGAGAGGCGGACCUGAUCUCAUGAUCUUACCGACAAACAUGCUGCUCGUUCAAACCCGCUUUCUCCGCGAAAUCACCAGAAACACCGACUGAUUGAUAUGUGAACAGAAUCAGACCGCAGUCAGGUCCAGCAGAAGUCGUGGUCAUGUACUCUGAGUGGAGGUCUUUACACCUGGUGGUCCAGCAGGAUCAGGGUCACCUGAGCGUCUUACACACUUACCCUGCCAGCGUGGGGCGAGACGUGGCGAACGCCGUGGUGCGGCCGCUGGGAAACACCCUCGGAGGAGCGACGAACGAGUGCCUCCUCAAGACUGACAAGGAGGUGAAGUGGACCAUGGAGGUGCUGUGUUUCGGGCUGACGCUCCCGCUGGAUGGAGACACGGUGAAGUUGUGUGUGGAUGUCUACACUGACUGGAUGAUGGCCCUGGUGUCUCCACGAGACUCUAUACCCCAGCCCAUCAUCAAAGAGCCCAACCUCUACAUCCAGACCAUCCUCAAACACAUGCACAACCUUUUCCUCCCCAGACCAGAACACUUCAGUCUGGUGCACUUUAAACUGUGUCAGCAAGUGCUGUCUGCGGUUCAGAAGCUGGCUCGAGACUCCAACAGCAUGGCCAGGGAAACAUGGGAAGUGCUGCUCCUCUUCCUGCUGCGCAUCAAUGACACGCUGCUGGCUCCGCCCACUGUAGGGGGGGGAAUAGCAGAGAAGCUGGCCGAGAAGCUGAUCAGCGUGCUGUUUGAGGUCUGGUUCCUGGCCUGCACACGCUGCUUCCCCACACCACCCUACUGGAAGACGGCCCGAGAGAUGCUGGCCAACUGGAGACACCACCCUCCGGUGGUGGAGCAGUGGAGUAAAGUCAUCGCUGCGCUCACGUCCAGGCUUCUGCGGUUCAUGUACGGCCCGUCCUUCCCUGCGUUCAAAGUCCCGGAGGAAGACGCCAGCCUCAUCCCAGCGGAGAUGGACAACGACUGUGUGUCUCAGACGUGGUAUCGAUUUCUACACAUGCUCAGUAACCCCGUGGACCUGAGCAAUCCCGUCAUAGUGAGUUCCACCCCAAAGUUUCAGGAGCAGCUGCUCGGAGGAAACGGCGUUCCUCAGGAGGUGAUUCAGCACCCCUGUCUCAAACAGCUUCCUCAGAUCUUCUUCAGAGCGAUGAGGGGCGUCAGCUGCCUCGUGGACGCUUUCCUCGGUAUUUCCCGCCCCCGGGCAGACAGUGCUCCGCCCACACCUGUCAAUCGACUCAGUAUGCCGCCGCCCUCAACGACCACCAACACUACACCCCCUCACAACCGCAGGCAUCGCACCGCCGCUGUUGUCAAGACAGCCAGCAAAACUUCAACGACUGGUCAAACCAAAGUGUCUCACCAGCCGUCAUCCACAUCCCCUCUCUCCAGCCCAAACCAGACGAGCUCCGAGCCACGUCCGCUUCCAGCUCCGACCCGUCCGAAGGUCAACAGCGUGCUCAAUCUGUUCGGCCAGUGGCUGUUUGACGCUGCGCUGGUCCACUGUAAACUCCACUCCGGCCUGAGCAGAGACAGCAGCAUGACCGCCCUGGCGACUCAAGCUGGAGUUGAACUGAGACGUAAAGGCUCCCAGAUGUCCACAGACACCAUGGUGUCCAACCCCAUGUUCGACGCCAAUGAGUUUCCUGAUAACUACGAGUCGGGUCGAGCCGAAGCGUGUGGGACGCUGUGCAGGAUCUUCUGCAGUAAGAAGACGGGAGAAGACAUACUUCCAGUGUACCUGUCCAGGUUCUACAUGGUUCUCAUCCAGGGUCUCCAGAUAUCAGACUUCAUCUGCAGGCCGGUUUUAGCCAGCAUCAUCCUCAACUCUUCAGCUCUGUUCUGCUCCGAUCUCAAAGGGAUCAAUGUUGUGGUUCCUUACUUCAUAUCUGCGCUGGAGACCAUCCUCCCGGAUCGAGAGUUGUCUAAGUUUAAGUCGUAUGUGAACCCCACCGAGCUCAGGAGAGCUUCCAUCCAUAUCCUGCUGUCCAUGAUUCCUCUUCCUCACCACUUUGGCAACGUCAAAUCAGAGGUUUUGUUGGAGGGGAAAUUCAGCAAUGAUGACAGCUCUCUUCAUGACAAGGCGGUCACCUUCCUCUCCCUGAAGCUGCGAUUGGUCAAUAUUUUGAUUGGCGCCCUGCAAACAGAGACAGACUCGAUCAAUACACAGAUGAUUCUAGCGGCAAUGCUGAAUAUCGUCCAGGAUUCGGCUCUGUUGGAGUCUGUUGGUGUUCAGGAUGAAGUGGGCAGCGUGGACGGAAGCCAUUCUCUGGAUAAGAGCCACAGUCGUAAUAACAGCGGCAUCAGCAACACUAGCGCAGGCAGCUCCGAGGCUACGACUCCAGACAGUGAACGCCCCGCUCAGGCCCUGAUGAGGGACUACGCUCUCCACACAGACACAGCGCCUGGGCUUCUGAUCCGCAGCAUCCACCUGCUGACCCAGAGACUCAACUCUCAGUGGAGAUCUGACAUGAGCAUCUCACUGGCCGCCCUCGAGCUGCUGGCCGGCCUCGCCAAGGUGAAGGUGAGCGUGGAGUCGUCGGAUCGUAAGCGUGCCGUCAGCUCCGUCUGCAGUUAUAUCGUGUAUCAGUGCAGUCGUCCGGCUCCGCUUCACUCCAGAGAUCUGCACUCCAUGAUCCUCGCUGCGUUCCACUGCCUGUGCGUCUGGCUCACGGAGCACCCCGACAUGCUCAAUGAGAAGGAUUGUCUGAUCGAGGUGCUGGAAAUCGUGGAGCUCGGGAUCUCGGGCAGUAAGUCCAAAUCCGGCGAACAGGAAGUGAAGUACAAAGGUGACAAAGAGCACAACCCGGCGUCGAUGAGGGUCAAAGAAGCUGCUGAGGCCACGUUAUCCUGUAUAAUGCAGGUGUUGGGAGCGUUCCCGUCUCCCAGCGGUCCUGCGUCGCCCUGCAGUCUCCUGAACGAGGACACGCUGAUCAAAUACUCCCGACUCACCUCCACGUCUCACAGCAACUUCAGAUACUUCGUCCUGGACAACUCCGUGAUUCUGGCCAUGCUGGAGCAGCCGCUGGGAAACGAGCAGAACCCCUGUCCGUCAGUCACCAUGUUAAUCAGAGGCAUGUCUGGUCGACACGCGUGGACAAUGCAGCUCUUCCAUCAGCCUCGAGAAGCAAGAGCCAAUCAGAAGCAAGUGUUUGUUCCUGAAAGCCGACCGGCUCCCAAAAACGAUGUAGGGAUUCGGUUUAAUGUCAAGCACAGGCCGUUCCCAGAGGAAGUGGAUAAGAUCCCGUUCGUGAAAGCCGACCUGAGCAUCCCAGAUCUCCAUGACAUUGUGGAUAAAGAGCUGGAGCAGCAGCACGAGAAGCUGCGAGGCGUGAUGGGAAAGCAGAUCGAUUACGAGACCAAACUGGAGCACUGCACGGAGGACUUCUGGAGGAACAAAUCCUUCCCAGAUCCGCUGACAGACUGUAAACCUCCAGCUCCCGCUCAAGACUUUCAGACGGCCCGCCUCUUCCUGUCGCACUUCGGCUUCCUGUCACUAGAGGCGCUCAAGGAGCCUGGAAACAGUCGGCUGCCUCCUCAUCUCAUCGCUCUGGACUCGUCUGUGCCGGGUUUUUCUGACGACGUGGGCUGCUUGGACCUGUUACCGUCCCGGCCGUGUGACACUGUGUUUAUCUUCUACAUGAAAGCUGGUCAGAAGAGCAGCCAAGAGAUCUUGAGGAACGUGGAGUCGUCUGCAAACGUACAGCCUCACUUCCUGGAGCUGCUGCUGUCUCUGGGAUGGCCAGUGGAGGUCAAAGGGCAUCCGGGAUGGACAGGGAGUGUGUUCACCAGCUGGACCAUCAACACAUCCAACGGUGCUGAGACGCCAGAUGAUUCAGUGGCUCUGGGAGACUCUGGCGGUGGUGUGUUUAACGGAGAGAAGCGGGUGCUCUAUUACGCAGACGCUCUGACAGAAAUCGCCUUUGUGGUGCCGUCCCUCAGCGACUCGUCCGCGGAGUCCUCGGAGCACAGUUUCCCGACGGCAGACUCCGACUCUCAGAUGGAGCUGUUACCCAGUUUACUGCAGCAGCCCAACCUCACGCUGGAGCUCUUCCCCAAUCACUCCGACAGCAUGGGACCCUCACAACGAUCCCCGACAGUGAAAAGCAGGAAGUUGCCGGCUGGCCGGACGAUUCCGCCGUUAGGACCCGACACCAAAGUGUUGGUGGUGUGGGUCGAGCGAUACGAUGACAUAGAGAACUUUCCCGCGUCGGAGUUACUGGCGGAGACGAGCACCGGUGUGGAGACGACCGUCAACAGCAGCACGUCCAGGUCCAGCUCCUCAGAGAAGGACGUCCCCAUUAUAUUCAUCCAUCCGCUGAAGACCGGCCUGUUCCGGAUCAAACUGCACGGUGCUAUGGGCAAAUUCAACAUGGUCAUUCCUCUGGUGGACAACAUGGUGGUCAGCAGGAGAUCACUGGGGUUCCUGGUGCGUCAGACUGUAAUAAACGCGUGUCGGAGGAAGCGUCUCGAGAGCGACUCUUACAGCCCUCCACACGUGCGCCGGAAACACAAAAUCGCAGAAAUCGUGAACCGUUACCGUAACAAACAGCUGGAGCCCGAGUUUUACACCUCGCUGUUCCUGGAGGUCGGUGAGACGAGCCUCAACCCGUGAACAAACACAGAGCAGCGUGGGUUUGGAUGAGUUACACAGAGGAUUAUCAGUCCACAACUAGAGACUGAGCCUUUAUCUCUCCUUUGAAUCACAUAAAAGCCUGUCAGCUGUGCAUUUCACCCCACAGUACAAAAAAAUGCACACAAAUAUAUAUAUACACUGCCAAAAAGGCUUUUCUUACUUGUCUUGUUUUCAGCUAAAAUAUCUAAAAAUUCUUAAAUCAAGGAGGAUUUUUAGACCAGUAAAAAUGAUGUCAAAACAUGUCAAAAGUACCUAAGUGAGUUUUUGCCUGAAACAAGCAAAAUAACUGGCCAGUGGGGUGAUAAAAAUAACCUUGUUUUCUGUUUGAAAUAAGAUUAUUUAGUUUGUUUUAGGCAAAAACUGACUUACUUUCAACAUUUCGACUUGUGUUUCUGAAUUUUUUAAAUAAAGAAUCCUUCAUGAUUUAACAUUUUUUAAUAUAUAUAUAUAUUCAUUUUUUAAAUUAAUAUAUAUAUACAUUUAUUUAUUUUUGGCUGUAAACAAGACAUAAAAUCUAAGUAUGAAAAGCAUUUUGUGCAGUCAAGAGUAUAAAUGCACACACACACACACACACACACACACACUUAUAUAUGGCAUGAAGAAAAUAAAGCCUUUUUUAUUGUAUAAUUUAUGACAUUAUUUUCAUGGUGUUUCAGCACAUUUCCUCCUAAAAUUGUCAAUACAUGCAUUUUUUUUUUAAAUGCAAUAUCCCCAAAAUCAAAUGUGAUUUCCAUUUUUGUAAUUCCAUAAAAAUACUGUAGUGCAUUUUUUUUUUUUUGAAUCAAAUUGACGUAAUCAAUAUGCAGCACAAAAAGUACCACCACAACGUGUAAAUAUGUACUAUAAGUGUAAUUAAUACAUGAUUCUUUUUUGCAUUUAUUUUUUGCAUUGCAUUGCAUUCAUGAGAAUGUCCAUUAAUUUAAAACAGGCUUUAUUUUCUCCAUGCAAAGCUAUUUUUUUGUUCUCGUGAUUUUUGGAGUGAAUGAUCACGGAUUGGUGAGACUCAUCCUGUUACUGUACUUCACAUUGAAUGACAUUUUACUUCAUGGUGUUUAUUAUUUGAAGGAACGUCGUCACGUGAAGCUCUUUCCUCUAAAGCACUAUGAAAUUAAACACUAACCUCCAGCAGCCAAUCGUCUGAUGCUUCUUCCUCUUCCUGUUCCUCUUCGGGUCAUGCGUAUCACUCUUCAUCACUGCUGCUGCUUUCCUUCUAAACGUUGUUUCCGUGAUGAGGAACGACUGAGAAACACGUCUCAUGUUUGCAUUUUGAUGCCAAUAGCAGAAAAAGUCCUGUUUUUCAUCGCACCGAUCCUUCCCAUGAUGCUUCACUUCGACUCGUACUGCAUUUCAGUCGAAAUACAUAAGGGCUUAUCAUUUAUUUCUAGUGUUUCUGACACUCUCUCAUUUGCCAGAAUUCAUUUAUUAAAUCAAACUCCGUAUAGAAAGCACUACAGGAAUAACCCAUGUAAAAUAUUCCUGUUUCCAUCUGCAUCCAGUGUUUAUUUAUUUCAGUUUCUCAUUAUUAAAUGCAGACGUCACCCAAACACAGAGUACGUUUUGAUGUCUGGUUAUUGCUAAUAACGUCUCAUUUUUGUGUUCAGAAGCUCCCUGCGUUUCUUUUGUAAGAACAAACUAUAAACGCCAGAUGCUCUUUUUCCAUGUGUAAAUAUUGGCGGCAUUGACUUUGUAUAAAGUUUGACUUUCUAUGUAAAUCUACGCAGCGGUGUGAAGUUCUGCUCACUCAUCUUCUGCUAUUGAUUAGGGACGGCUUGUUUGUAUUUAUGCCAUCCUAUAUGUGUCCAAACAAACCAUUGGAUAUUGAAUGUAACACACAUGUAAUGAAAUAAAGAUUUUAAUGAAUUCUUAUCAGAGAA